AUGGACAAGCUCAGCGUCGCAUCAAAGUUUCAGGGUAUCUUGGAACGUCACUACAACAAGUGGAACAAAUGGCUGGAAGGCUACAACUGCUGGCCGUUCAAGAAGCUCAAGGUCCACAUGGUGUGGUGGGCUGCCAAGGACAAGGCGCAGUUCGAAUGGACCGACGACUCGCUUGGCCCUGUCUACGAGGGCAGCGUCGACUCGGAAGGCGUACCGCAGUGCCCCGAUGAGUGCUAUCGCUUCUAUGACAACGUGAACAACCGAUGGUCGGACACGAGCUCCUGCACGGGUGAGCCGUUCGAUGUCUCGUUUUGGCUGAAUGACAAGAUCCCUUACGGCUUUGGCUACGACUGGGGCCAGGAGGUGAGUCUUAACGACACCAUGGACAACCUUUACGACGAGAACAUUAUGUUUAUCGGCCACGAGAUCGGCCACGGCUUCGGUUUGCCGGACUUUUACGGACUUGAGACCAAGCCGUCCAAGGACUUCCCCAACUCGAUUAUGAUGGCGUACAGCUCCACUACAAUCACACCAAGCGACGGCUGGAUGCUGCGUCGUGUCCUCGACCGCGUCCGAUCGCGCUACAACUUCUAA